UGUACACUGCUGGUUUCAAAAGGAUUCUCCUUUAUAGAAGUAAAGAAAAACAAAACAAAACAAAAUAAAAUCAAAAGAGCUUAAUCAAGAAAGAUAUGUUUGGCAAUUGUGACCAGAAGAAGAAGAAGAUGCCUAUCAUCAGCUCUCCCAACACCAAUCCACUGGCGAGUAUGCAGAGCAAGAACAUGAUCGUGGCUUCAUCUCAUCAACAGCAGCAACAACAACAACAACAACCGCAGCAGCCGCAACCACAACUUAAAUGCCCUCGUUGCGAUUCCUCGAACACAAAGUUUUGCUACUACAAUAACUACAGCCUCUCUCAGCCGCGUCACUUUUGCAAGGCUUGCAAGAGAUACUGGACGCGAGGUGGGACUCUCAGGAACGUUCCCGUAGGCGGUAGCUACCGGAAGAACAAACGAAUGAAGCGGCCAUCGACCACAACCGCAACCACUGCCUCCACAGUCUCGACGACCACUUCUUCAUCCCCUAAUAACUCUCAUCAGAUCUCCCAUUUCUCUUCCAUGAAUCAUCAUCAUCCCUUGUUCUAUGGUUUAUCAGAUCAUGUGAGCAGCUGUAAUAAUCUUCCAAUGAUUCCAAGCCGUUUCAGUGAUUCUUCAAAGACUUCUUCAUCAAGUGGUUUAGAGGGUGAGUUUCUCUCAUCUGGCUUUAGCAGUCUUAGUUCUCUUGGAUUAGGGCUUCCGCAUCAUAUGAGUCAUGACCACAACAUUAAUGGUAGCUUCGUCAACAACUCCACAACAAACAAACCCUUUCUUCUAUCGGGUCUAUUUGGUUCUUCCAUGUCUUCUUCUUCCUCUACUCUUCUCCAGCAGCAACACAAGCCCAUCAACAAUGGUAGUGACAUGUUGGGACAAUCCCAUCUACAAACCCUAGCAUCACUUCAAGAUCUGCAUGUUGGAGGUAACUGUGGAGACAUGAACAAAGAAGGAAAGCUUGAUCAGAUCUCUGGGAACAUUAAUGGGUUCAUGUCAUCAUCAUCUUUGGAUCCAUCAAACUACAGCAGCAUGUGGAAUAAUGCAAGUGUUGUCAAUGGAGCAUGGCUUGAUCCAACAAAUAAUAACGUUGGAUCCUCCCUCACCUCCUUGAUAUAAACAAAAACCUUUGGUUAUAUGAUCUAUAACUAGCUAGGGUUCAUCUUCAUCACUUUUUUUUUUUUCCUUUUUGUUUUGAGAUGAGAGAAGAAGCUUGGAUCAGAGAGAUCUAAUCAUGGGGAAAGUUGAUCUUGGUACUAUAAAGCUCCCUCGGAUCCUCUUCAUCUCCCCAUCUCAAUCAUCUUCCUUUGCGUUGUUCAAGAAAAACAAAAGAGUUUCAAGAUUGGUUCAAGGUUUACUAUGGUCCACUGUUAAGUUCACUCGAGGUAAAUUAUAUGUAUGUAAAUAAUAUGGUCCUGACUUUGAUCACUCUUAUUUUUCCAUCUAUGUAAUUCUAAGGUCCACCACAUGGGUUGGUGUUUCUUUUCAUUGGGGUUAGGAGGGUAUAUUCUGGCUUAAUUUGGGUUUCUUUUUGGGGUCCGAGAACUCAAUAGUUUUCAAGUUCUAUAUCUUUUUUUUUAGUUUCACAUUUCUUUUUUGGUGUGGCUUUCAUUGGGUAUACAAACAGAGGGAGGGGUGUGGUUUUGUGUUGUUAAAACUUUGGUUAUUAAUUCAUGUAUGAUGAGUCAUGUUCUUACGGUAAUUUUGGAUACAUGCAUGUCCGUGUACAUAUAUAUAAACACGGUACGAAGGCGAA